GGCCGGAAGCGGCGCCGUGGCCGGUUGCUAUGGGGCGGGCGGUGCGGAGCAGAAGAGCAAUGGCUUUGAGAAUGGUCCGUGUGCCUUGUCAGUGCGAGGGGACCGGCUGAUGCUCCAACACCAGCGUCUGACUGUCUGCUGCUCACAUCCCAGAAUGGGGAGGAUCAGCAUCUCGUGUUUGCUUCCUGCUUCUUGGCACUUCAGCAUCUCUCCCGUGGGAUGCCCGCGGCUUCUCAACACCACCUUGCGACAGAUCCUGGUGAUAGGAAUUCUUGCUGCUGCUGUCUCUGUGCUUUACUACUCCCUGGUGGUCAUCCGCAAUAAGUAUGGGCGUGCACACAGGGACAAAAGAUUCCACAGGUAUCUUGCCCGAGUGACUGACACUGAAGCUACAGAUACCAACAACCCCAACCUGAACUAUGGCAUCGUUGUGGACUGUGGCAGCAGUGGCUCCAGGAUUUUUGUGUAUUGUUGGCCAAGGCACAAUGGGAAUCCACACGAUCUGUUGGACAUCAAACAGAUGAGGGACAAAACCAGGAAACCAGUGGUUAUGAAAAUUAAACCAGGCAUCUCGGAGUUUGCCAGCUCUCCCGAAAAGGUCAGUGAUUACAUUUCUCCACUCCUGAGCUUUGCUGCCCAACACGUGCCACGUGCAAAGCACAAAGAGACUCCUCUUUAUAUUCUGUGUACUGCAGGAAUGAGGAUUCUGCCAGAAAGCCAGCAGAAGGCAAUACUCGAAGAUCUGCUCACUGAUAUCCCCGUGCACUUUGAUUUCCUGUUCUCAGACUCACAUGCAGAGGUUAUUUCAGGGAAGCAGGAAGGAGUAUAUGCAUGGAUUGGCAUCAACUUUGUUCUUGGAAGAUUUGAACAUACAGAUGAUGAGGAUGAGGCCGUUGUGGAGGUGCAUGUCCCAGGCAGUGAGAACCAAGAGGCCAUCUUCCGCAAGAGGACAGUGGGUGUCCUUGACAUGGGCGGAGUGUCGACCCAGAUAGCGUACGAAGUCCCUAAAACUGUAAGCUUUGCCUCUUCACAGCAGGAGGAGGUAGCCAAAAACCUACUUGCAGAAUUCAACUUGGGCUGUGAUGCUCACCAAACUGAGCACGUAUAUAGAGUCUACGUCGCGACGUUCCUUGGCUUUGGGGGAAAUGCAGCACGCCAGAGAUACGAAGACAAUCUAUUUACCAGUACAGUGCUUAAAAACAGACUGCUGGGCAAACAGACUGGCAUGACUUCUGACUCACCCUACCUAGAUCCUUGCCUGCCCCUGGAUGCUCAGGAUGAGAUCCAGCAGAACGGACAGACCAUGUAUUUGCGGGGAACAGGAGACUUUAACCUGUGUCGGGAGAUGAUCCAGCCCUUCAUGAAUAAGACUAAUGAAACACAGACAUCUCUCAAUGGUGUCUAUCAGCCUGCUGUGCACUUUCAGAACAGUGAGUUCUAUGGCUUCUCAGAGUUCUAUUACUGCACCGAGGACGUGUUACGCAUGGGAGGAGAUUACAAUGCUGCUAAAUUCACUAAAGCUGCAAAGGAUUAUUGUGCCACUAAGUGGUCUGUCCUCCGGGAGCGCUUUGACCGUGGUCUUUAUGCAUCACAUGCUGAUCUCCACAGAUUGAAGUACCAGUGUUUCAAGUCUGCCUGGAUGUAUGAAGUAUUUCACAGUGGCUUCUCUUUUCCUGUGAGUUACAGCAAUUUGAAAACAGCUCUGCAGGUUUAUGAUAAAGAAGUGCAAUGGACCUUGGGAGCCAUCCUUUACCGAACACGGUUUUUACCUUUAAGAGACAUCCAGCAGGAAAACUUCCGUGGGAAUCACUCCCACUGGAGGAGCUUCUCCUUUGUUCACAAUCACUAUCUGUUCUUCGUGUGUUUUCUGAUCGUGCUGCUCUCCAUCCUGCUCUACCUGCUGAGGCUCAGGCGCAUCCACCGGCGGAUGCUGCGCAACGCUUCCUCCCCUUCCCUAUGGAUUGAGGAAGGCCUCCCACCACAGAAGAUUGCAGGAGCUUUAUGAGUUGCACUGAUGGAGGGAGCUUUUCUUGGACUUGCUACACAAAAAGCCAUUUUCGCCUCAGGGUUCCUCCUUUUUGUCCCUUUAAACCAUUGAAGAAGCAGGAUGUCCUACAGAAAUAUGGGGUCAACUUGGCUUAGUCUCAUUAGACAAUAUUUGCCAAAAAUUACCUUUUUCUUUGAAAUAUUGCACUUUUGUGUGUAAUGGGAUGAGCAAAAGCCUCGUCCUCAGUAAAUGAGUAGCAGCAGUUUAAGCUCUGUAUGGUAAGAGGAUGAGUGUGAGUCCUCAUCCUAGGGGUGAGGCUGUGAGGUACCAUUAAGGUCAGAUGAAUGAGGACUGUGUUCAGUUUCUUUUCCAGCUUCCAGGAUUGAUAUCACUUCUCAACUCUGAGCCUCCUCCAUCAGAGAAAAGGAAGCGCAGGGUUUUCCAAAGCAGUAAGAAAACACCUUUUAGGACAGAUCUGAUCUGACUUUUAUAUUGUGGAAUGAGUUCUGUGAUGGAGAAGAAGAACCUUGCACCCAGUGAUGUGCUUCCACAAAACUGCUUAAAUCAGUUCUGUUUCUUUGGGACAGUUUCCCUUUUGUCUUGGAAGCUCCAUCCUCGUAGUGGCAAAAGUCACCACUUUUUAAUCCUUGAUUUCUCUUUCAUAAUCACUCGGAGACCUCCUGACACUCCAGUAGGCAAAGAGAACUGGAACAUGCCUGAGCUUUUGUUUCUGCUAGAGUAGACAAUGCACAGUGUCUUCUUUGGAGUAUGAUGAUUUGUUAAUUUAUAUUUUAUUUAAAACUCUUGAUUUUACUUGAAAGUAAAUUUGUCCAUGAUUAAAAGUGGGAUUUAUAUGAA